AUGGCUGAACCACCCAUCGUCCUCGAUGGGGGUACCGGUUUCCUCAAGGUCGGCUAUGCAGCUCAAAAUUUCCCCGAACACCAGUUCCCCUCCAUAGUCGGGCGGCCGAUUCUGCGGUCGGAAGAGCGGGCAGGAGAUAUCGUGGUCAAGGACAUCAUGUGUGGAGAUGAGGCUGCCGCUGCAAGAUCAAUGUUACAAAUCAGCUAUCCCAUGGAGAACGGCAUCGUCAAGAAAUGGGAUGACAUGCAACAUCUCUGGGACUUUACCUUUUUUGAGAAAUUAAAGGUUGACCCCCGGGGUCGCAAGAUCCUGUUGACCGAACCUCCGAUGAACCCGCUCAAGAACAGAGAGCAGAUGUGCGAGGUCAUGUUCGACCGGUACGGCUUUGGCGGGGUAUAUGUCGCCAUCCAAGCGGUACUGGCGCUGUACGCACAGGGCCUCUCAUCAGGGGUCGUCGUCGAUUCCGGAGACGGCGUGACGCACAUCGUACCCGUCUACGAAUCCACGGUCCUCAACCACCUUACCCGCCGUCUCGACGUUGCUGGCCGAGACGUAACCCGGAAUUUGAUUGCCCUCCUCCUGCGACGAGGCUACGCGCUCAAUCGCACGGCCGACUUUGAAACUGUACGCCAGAUCAAGGAGAAGCUAUGCUACGUCUCGUACGACCUGACUCUCGACCAACGUCUGUCGGAAGAAACUACCGUGCUCGUGGAAUCGUAUACACUCCCGGACGGCCGCGUGAUCCGCGUAGGAAGCGAACGGUUCGAAGCCCCCGAGUGUCUGUUCCAGCCGCACCUGGUCGAUGUUGAACAACCCGGCAUCGCCGAAUUUCUGUUCAACACCAUACAGUCAGCCGACGUGGACGUCCGCUCUUCACUGUACAAAGCCAUCGUCCUCUCUGGCGGCAGUAGCAUGUAUCCCGGUCUCCCCUCGCGCCUGGAGAAGGAACUCAAGCAACUCUGGCUCACGCGCGUGCUGGGCGGGAAUCCCGAACGACUGAACAAAUUCAAGGUCCGCAUCGAGGACCCCCCCAGGCGGAGACACAUGGUGUUCUUGGGCGGCGCCGUCUUGGCCAACAUCAUGGCGGACAAGGAGAACAUGUGGAUCAGCAAGCAGGAGUGGGAGGAACAAGGACCGCGGAUUCUCGAGAAGUUGGGUCCGAGAUGA